UGUUACAUGCGGCUGGUGGCUGGACGACCCAAUCAACGACUUCUGCUACCUGAUGAUCCGCCAGCCCACCAAGACUUGGAAGGAGGCGCAAGCCAACUGCCAACGCCUCCACGGGAACCUGCUCAGCAUCACCGACCGCGAUGAGCAGGUCUUUGUGCAUGGUUACGUCAGGUCUCUGCCCUCUCUGUGGUUGGGCGCCGAUGUCUCCACCACGGAAGAUGACGCCCAAUGGACUGACGGAUCCCCGUUCACUUACAGCCACUCGAGUGCAGGUGACCCCGAAGAGGGGAAGUGUCUUUCCUUAUUCACUGACAGUGGCGCCUGGAAGCACGACACGUGCGACAAGAAGAGAAGCUACGUCUGCAAGAAGAUGAAAAAAGGAGUGGCAGAACCUUCGCUGUCUUCUGACGCCAGCAAGUGUGCUCCCGGGUGGCUCGAGCACAGCACCAACUGCUACAAGAAGGUGGAGGAGCCCAACGGUUGGCUGGGGGCCUGGCACCGCUGCGUCUGGGAGGGCGGCGACCUUCUCUCCAUCACCACCUCGGGCGAGGAGGACUUUGUGAAGGACACCAUGGGCAAGGACACCCGCUUCUGGCUGGGACUCUCCAACCUGAAAUGCGACGACGUCUGGUGUCGCUUUGAAGGCGGGAGCCAGAAGCUGACCUGGUCCGAUGGCGAGAGAACGGCACACACCAACUGGACCUCAAAUCAACUCGAAAGCGCCGACGUCGCGUCCUGCGCCUACGUCAACCAAGGGGGAAGGGGUCAGCCCGGCAAGUGGAGGUCUGGCUCCUGUGAUUCCUCGUUGGCCUACAUGUGCAAACGGCCGCUGAGUAAGCCUCCACGUCUGCGGUCACGUUGCCGUUGA